CUCUCGUUGCAGGAAUCGGUGACCGACGGCUGCCUAUAUCCCUCGCCUCAACAAUCAAGGACGGAAGCUCUGGCAGGUCUUCGUUUCGGCUCUAGGACACUCUAAAUGGACGUCGACGGCCCCCACCUCCUCGAGCUCCUGCUCUCCAACUACCUCCUCCUCGACAAUCCCACCCACGCUCCGCACCGGGGCCUCUCCCAUGUCCUGCAAACCGUCACCUCCCGCCACCUCCUCCACCAGCUGUACCUCCUCGUCCAAGAAGAGGACCUCAAAACGGGCGCCGGCGCCAUUCCGCAGGGCAAAACGAGCCUGACCGCCCGCGCCGCUGCAGCACUGCAUAAAUGGGGCUUGCGAAUCACAUCCCUGCUAGCAUCGAAGCAGCCGGCGGCGAAAUGGACCGCGGCAUGUAUGGCGCUGGUAUCUGCGGACCAGGCGUACGGCGCGUUUCAGAAGGAUAUCAGAGGCUGGUGCAAUGGCUUGCUGGUUGCGGUCAAGGACGCUCCGGGUGGGAGUUCCGUGGCUAGCGGCUUUGUGGGCGACUAUGUGGGUGCGUUCAGCCUGCUGCUGGUCAAAUCGAAGGCGUUUCCGGCGCUGCAGAGGGACUUGAACCAGCUGUAUCUCGCUAAAACUGUUGGGGUUGUGUGUGAGAAGCUCGCUGGGAGUAACACGGAUGGGAGAGCGAGCGCCGAGACCAAGUUGCGGCUGUUCAUAGAGCUGACGACGCUUCUGGUGAAUUUCCCGAACGCGCUCAAGGCCUCGUUUGAAAGGAUCGAGCUGGCUUGCGUGAGCACGCUGGUGAACAUGGACGAGCCGAAGGAAGUCGUGGAAGCCGCGACUGGGUGCUUAUUGACGAUUGCGAAAGUCGGAAAGGAAAAGGGGUCCGCGAGCGUAAGCGAGGCUGUGCCGGUGAAUAAGAUCAUUGCCUCGAUCCACGAGGUCCUCGAUCUCAUUUUCUCGUGCAUGCCUGAAGCCGACAGGACGGAAGCAGACAUCCCGGGAUUCGUUGUACCGGCACUCCAGGGAGAGUACGGCGCCAUCGUCCCUGCGCUGCUCUCCCGUUACGAUACCUUCGCCACCGCGUUGUUUACUGUCUUGACCCGCACGUCUACCGCAUUUGCGGCUACCACAAUCACCGCGCUUGUCCGCAGGAUCUAUGCUGUUGCGAGCCGGCUGAAUCUCUUGGAUUCCACGUCGCUCACAACGAACCCUAACGUUUCCCUCCUGCAACUGUCCAUUCCCAGUAUAUGCAUCAAAGCGAACGAUUUCAUGUACGCCGCUAUCAUCCGGAACGCGUGUGCGGACUACAAGCUUGCGUGGACGAUCUGCUCGAAAGCGAUUGAUCUGUCCCAUCGCCACACUGCCCUGCGAUUAUCUGCCUACGCACUCGUGCGUAAAUGCGUUGAUGUCUACUCCUCUGAUUUCGUAAGAGUGGGGGGAGCGGUGCUUGCUAAGACCGUUGCGAACGACAUGAAACUCGUCUCGGCCGUGACGCGACCUGGCGAAACCCAACAGCAGCAACAACAACAGCAACAGUCGGGACAGGGAUCAAAGAAGCGCAAGCUCCACGUAACGUCAGACACACCCACGCGCGACGACUCUCACGCAGUAUGGGAGAUCAAACUCGCAGCCCUAUCAACCCUCGAAACGCUCAUCACAUCCUCUCACACCGAGCAUACGGAGCUGGAUCUGACCCCACUCCUCCACGCCGCCCUGCAAUCCCUCCUCCUCUCCUCCUCCACCCCACCCAUCGCCGCAACCGCGAUUCAGCCCCACAAAUUCAACCACUUUGACUCUCCCGUGCACGCCUACCAACACGCCCUCUUGACCGUCCUCAUUGCUGCGGUCGAAUGUAGAACGGGAAAAAGUGGGGAUGUGCUGCCUAUCGCUGCCCGCGUGUUUGCGGCUUUGCUGUGGCACCCUGAUAUGCGUGUCAGGGAGACUUGUAAGACGGGGUUGAGGAGAGUUGAUGUGGUUGUCCACCCGAGGCUGCCGAGGUUUGAGUAUGCCAGGAAGGAGGAGAUUGUGGAGGUUGAGGUGUCGGCGAUGGACGCCCUGGUAGGGAAUGGGAAUGUGAAUGGAUCGCAUAAGCGUGAUGCGAGGCCUGUGGAGGAUGGGGAGUUGCAUGGGAGUAAGAAACGGAGGAUUGCUGAAGAGGAGGUCAUUGUGGUGAGGGAGGCGCUUCCACAGAUUGCGACGUCGAAACCUGAUUUGGAGGUGAAGACCGCUGCUGCAUCGCCCGCUAUCACCUUCCCCGGCCCAAAAGCGACCGCUCCGGAAGUGUCGGCAACCGCCACGCCGUCGAACCACACCACCUCCAGCACUAUACCGCCCAUUAGCCGGACCUUUCAACAGCAACAGCAACAACAUCAAUCGCAGGACGCGGACGAUGAAAUGCAAAUCGACCUCCCCAUACCCACCACCGCAUCCCACAUCGCCACCCACGUAGAUGCAGACGGCGGAGAUGACGAUGAUGAGGAUAUCGAGUUGCCGGAGAUUGUGGUAGAUAGUACGGACGAAGAUGACGACGACGAAGACGGGGAUGAGUAGAGCGGGCUGUCAUAUGCAACAGGGUUUGCAUGUACAUAGAUAGCAUAGCAUAGAAUUGGCA